AUGGCUCCAAUGGCAAUGGCCGGUCGCCUUGGAGGUGCCAUGACAACCCUUGUCCGCUCUGCUGCGUUAAGCUCCGGCUCCGGAGCCGCUGCCCUGCGUAGACUCAACCUCACGCGCGCCCUUUCCACGGCCACCUCGCUGCCACCCACCUACGAGCGCCUCUUCAACAAGUACACCGAGGUCCGUCGCGUCCUCGCCGGCCAGCGCCUCACCCUCGCCGAAAAGAUUCUCUACAGCCACCUGCACGACGUGGAAGACUCGCUGCUCACCAACACCGACAAUGGCCGCAGCGUCCGCGGCCGCGCCAACCUGCGUCUCAACCCGGAUCGCGUCAACAUGCAGGAUGCCUCGGCGCAGAUGGCCCUGCUACAGUUCAUGUCGUGCAACCUGGCACGGCCCGCGAUCCCGGCUAGUAUCCACUGCGACCACUUGAUCGUCGGGCACAAGGGCGCCGACGAUGAUCUGACGGCCGGCAUCGAGACCAACAAGGAGGUGUUUGACUUUUUGGAGUCGGCCGCGCGCAAGUACGGCAUGGACUUUUGGCCGCCCGGCGCGGGCAUCAUCCACCAGACGGUGCUGGAGAACUACGCCCUGCCAGGGCUCAUGAUGCUCGGCACCGACAGCCACAGCCCCAACGCCGGCGGCCUCACCACCAUUACCAUCGGCGUCGGCGGCGCGGACGCCGUCGAGGCGCUUGUUGGUGCGCCGUGGGAGCUCAAGGCGCCCAAGAUCUUGGGCGUGGAACUCACUGGCCAGCUCAGCAGCUGGGCCUCGCCCAAGGAUAUCAUCCUGCGUCUGGCCGGCGAGCUCACCGUUCGCGGCGGUACCGGUUACAUCAUUGAGUACUUUGGCGCCGGCGUCGAGUCGCUCAGCUGCACCGGGAUGGCCACAAUCACGAACAUGGGGGCAGAGGUCGGCGCGACGACGUCCAUCUUUCCGUAUACGCAGGCGUCGAAGCGCUACCUGGAGUCGACGCGCCGCUCGCAGGCCGUUGCCAACAUUGACGCGCUGCAAGCGUUUCCCGGCGCGGGCACGACCUCUGACGCACGCUUCCAGUUCCGCGCCGACGACGGCGCCGAGUACGACGAGCGCAUCACCAUCAACCUGUCCGAACUGGAGCCGCACAUCAACGGGCCCUUCACCCCCGACCUGUCCACGCCGCUGUCCAAGUUCAAGGACGUGGUCAAGGAGCAGCAGUGGCCCGAGGCGCUCUCGGCCGGCCUCAUCGGCAGCUGCACCAACUCGUCGUACGAGGACAUGACGCGCGUCGAGUCGCUCCUCAAAGAGGCCGCGGCCGCCGGGCUCAAGCCCGCUGCCGACUUCUACAUCACCCCCGGCAGCGAGCAGAUUCGCGCAACGCUCGAGCGCGACGGCACGCUGGCCGCGUUUGCGGGCGCCGGCGGCGUGGUCCUGUCCAACGCCUGCGGGCCGUGCAUCGGCCAGUGGCAGCGCCGGGACGGCGUGCAAAAAGGCACCCCGAAUGCCAUCCUGACGUCGUACAACCGCAACUUUCGCGGCCGCAACGACGGCAACCCGGCGACGAUGAACUUUCUCGCCUCGCCGGAAAUCGUCACCGCCAUGGCCUUUGCCGGCGCCACGACGUUCAACCCCGUCACCGACACGCUCAAGACGCCCGACGGCCGCGACUUUAAAUUCUCCCCGCCGCAGGGCAAAGAGGGCCCCGCGACGCCGUUUGACGCGGGCGUGGCCGCGCUCGGCGUGCUCUCCCAGCCCGCGGACCCGAGCGUGGCCGUGGCCGUGGCGCCCACCUCGGAGCGGCUGGCCCUGCUGGAGCCGUUUCCUGCCUUUCCGGCCUCUGACCUGUCUGGGCUGCGGGUGCUCGUCAAGGUCACGGGCAAGUGCACGACCGACACCAUCUCCGCCGCGGGUCCGUGGCUCAAGUACAAGGGCCACCUGCCCAACAUUUCCACCAACACGCUCAACACGGCCGUCAACGCGGAGACGGGCGAGGUCAACGGGGCGUACGACCUCGACGGCAGCCAGCACACCAUCCCCGCGCUCGCGGCGCGCUGGAAGGAGCGCGGCCAGGACUGGCUCGUCGUCGCCGAGCACAACUACGGCGAGGGCUCGGCGCGCGAGCACGCCGCGCUGCAGCCGCGCUACCUCGGCGCCCGCGUCGUCCUGACCAAGUCGUUUGCGCGCAUCCACGAGACCAACCUCAAGAAGCAGGGCGUCGUCCCGCUCACGUUUGCCGACGAGGCCGACUAUGACAAGAUCGCGGCGGGGGACGAGGUCGCCACGGUCGGGCUGUAUGACAUGCUGCGCAACGGCGGCCGCGGCGAGGUCUCGCUGAGGGUGACCAAGAAGGACGGCGGGGAGGAGUUGAUGAUUGCGACCAAGCAUGCGAUUAGCAAGGACCAGGCGGGCUUUGUCCUGGCUGGCAGUGCGCUGAACUUGCUGGCCAAGGGCGUCUAG